AUGUAUCACGGCCUCGGGGAAUUGCCGAGCGAAAUAUUGGAUGUCAUCUUUUAUUUUUUGCAUUCAAACAAAGACUUGGAUACCCUCUGCCAAUGUAUACUUGUAUGCAAAAAAUGGAAGUUACCAGCUCAGCGUUCUCUUUAUUCGGAAAUUGAAUUGGUUAGUGCACAAGCAGUAAACCUGCUAAUUUCAGCAAACGACCUUAAACUCGACUCAUAUCCUGGGAAAUUUACCCAUGCAAUUGAGUAUGAUGGAUAUCUGGAAAUUAGCGAAAGCCGAACCUCGUGGAUUGAUUCUUUUAAAGAUAUGUUCCCUCAUUUACGCCAAAUUGACUCGAAAAAAAAUGAUGCAUGGUAUUAUAAUGCUUUGAUAAAAGCAUACGAACAAGGAAAAUGGACAAGAAUGGAAAAUAUUGGAGACUGUUCAGUUGAAUCAUCAGGCCUACACAACGCAUGUGCUCUACUGCAUAGAAAGACUCUUAAGUUUCUCAGCUUGUAUGAAGGGCACGAUACAAAAAGCCUAACUAGUUUAUAUGAUAAACUGGGUCUUUUUUCCAAUGUUCAUCAUUUAUGUUUUGGAACGAACAAGUAUUCAUUUUUGGACACUGUGGAGCAUGUGGCCCAAAAUAUGCAAGGUCUAAAACAUCUAUCAUUCGAAAACCUGGAAGGGACUGUCUUCAAUCCGGAAGCACAAAUUGAAUAUAUUGAUCUUUCACUGGUUUCAUCUCAGCACAACAUUAAGCGGCUUACUGUUCAAGGCAUUUCCUACGGAAACGAUAAUUUUUUGUUAUUCCUUAUGAAGAAAUUUCCCAAACUGGAGUACCUUAAGAUAAACCCAAAGAAAGGGCUAGUAAUUUCUCAUGGACCGUUAAUGGAAAAAAUAAAGGCGGAAAAAAGCAACUUUACUGUUCCUGUGCUAGCUCGGUUCAUGUCGUUUGUUUCAAAAUGUUCUGUUCAUUCUAUGGAUUUCUUUUAUACUACUCUCAAUACAGAAGAUAUUUUAAGCACUUAUUGGAGCUUAUGUGCUCCCGAAGAAACAAAACAGCUGGUUGUAGCUUACUUCGAAGGAUUAGAAUGGCUAAGCGGUGGAACAGAAUUCGAGGAUAGUGACUCUUUGGUAAAUAUUCGUUUACAUAUCGAUCCAUUUACACGUCAAAAAGCUGUCGCUCUGAAUUACAAAUUUUCGAAAGUUAUUCUUCCACAUCUUGGGCUACUUGAAAAGAACGGAGCAAUAAUUGAACAGUUAGUGAUGCGUAUUGGACCGAAGAAGAUUUUAAGUAUAACUGAAGAUUUAGAUGAUGAAGAUAUGCUCGAUAUGAUUGAAGGCUAUUUUUUUAGUCACAUACUUCAAUAUUGUGUUAAAUUAAAAACGUUACAUAUCACACUGGCGGAAAUAAUCAUGUUAAACCCGGAUCAAUCAUUCAACAGAUCUAUUACAUAUUUGGAUCUUAAUUAUGUGGGUGUUUCGGACACUAUUUUGUUUCAAAUAUCAACAAUAAUACCAAAUUUAAGAAGGCUUAUUCUAAAAGAUAUACAUCUUGUCAAAAACAGCGAUAAAUAUGUAGAUCCAUAUUUUAACAGUGUACUUGAUAUGCCGUUGACAACAUUUCGGUUUUUGCACAUUGAAAACUACACUGUGGAUGGCCUUUCUAUAAAUGAAUACCCCACUGAAAUUCUUAUAAAGCUGACAACCGUAGAUGGUGAAAGAUUUUUCAAAUAUGCACCUGGUGAAGAAAUAAGCUACAUUGGCCUAAAUAUUGAAUGGACCAACAAGGAGAAGAAAAAAUUUAAUAAUACAUCUCAUAAUCGUGCUGUUAAUAUAGGUGAAGACGAAUAUUAUAAUGGCUUGGGAAGUAAAACUUGUGCAAAUCUUCAUGUUCUAUGUAAUUCAGUCAAUUACUUGGAGGUCUCGCUGAAGAAGAUAAAAUACACUUUAAACUACCAAACAUUUUAUUUAUCAAUGAUGAAAAACUUUGAAGACUUGCCAGAAACUAUAUUACACAAAAUCUUUGCUCAUGUAUACGUAGAUCGAAAAUACUAUGAUAUUCUUCAAUGCGAAUUGGUCUGCAAGAGUUGGAUGGCGCCAGCUCAGCAAUCUCUGUAUUCUACCAUUACACUUAAAGAUGAACAAGCGGUUGAAAGGUUGAGAAUUGCCAUGAACAAUGUAUCUGACUCAUGUCCAGGACAAUAUACACGAUCUCUUGCUUACCAUGGACGUUCCGAAGUGGAUGGAGGGAAUGGUACUUCUUGGAUUAAUUUAUUCAUCGACGCUUUUCCGAACUUGCGUUAUGUUUUCAGUGAUAUACAAGGAUUUCGGUAUUAUCUAGCCUUAAUUAAGGCACAUAGAUUGGGGAAAUUAAAAGAUAUAGAAAGCAUAGGGCCUUGUUCCAGAGAGAGCGCAAACCUCCAUAACAGUUGUGCGUUAUUAUACAAAGACACUCUUACAGCUUUAAACGUGCGUGAUAGUAAGAAGAUAAAUAUGGAUACUAGUUUGUAUGAACGUCUCGACAUGUUUCCCAAGGUAAAGAGAUUAUAUGUGGACACAAAUUUGCACAAUUUUUUCGAAACUGCCGAGGAUACUGCUAAAGCUAUACCAAGAUUACAUGGUCUGUUUUUUGAGAACACGGAAACAACCUGCUCUGUUACUGUAGCUCCCUAUAAGCCUGUUGAUAUAUCUCUGAUAAUUCCGCAACUCAGCCUAAAAUAUCUCAUCAUCCAGUCAAUCUCCUAUGAAAAUGAUAACUUCUUAUUGUACUUAAUGGCUAAAUUUUUGUCAAUUCAGCGUAUAUAUAUUAACCGAAACAAGGAUAAUAUAGCUUACACCCCAAUGUUGGAUAGAAUAAAGUCAGCACAAAACAACUUUUCGGUAGCUGUUGUCUCUAAAUUUAUGGCCUUUCUAGCGAAAUGUGAAUCUUAUUCAGUAGAUCUGUUCUUCACCACGUUGAAUGUCGAUGAAGUUCUAAAUGGCUAUUGGAAUUUAUGCAGUCCUGGUGAGCCAAAAAAUGUUUCCGUAACUUAUGAGCAAGGAGCUGAUUGGCCUGAAACUGAUGUGCAUCCUGCAGAUUGUAACUCCUUGUCACACAUGAGCAUGAAUAUGAAUUUGUUAAAAGAAAAAAAUCUGAUCUUUACUUACGAACCCUGUAAUGCUAUAUUCCCGCAUCUUCGAGUUUUGGAAAAUACUGGAAAAGGUUUGGACCAAUUUUCUUUCUGUGUGGGAUCUGAGAAAAAUGAAGAUGUGCUUAGUGGUCAAGAUCAGAACUCAAUUGAAAUGGUUAAUGGAAAGUUUUUCAGUCAUAUUAUUGAAAACUGCACAAGUCUCAAGAGUUUGAAAGUACAAAAAGCGAGAAUUAUUUCACUUUCCUUUACUCGAUCCCUAUUUGAGCAUUCAUUACUCACUGAAAUGACUCUUGAACAAGUGGUAAUUUCCGAAGACAUCCUGAAGCAGCUUUCUGCUAAGCUCCCCUCCUUAAAGAAAUUGUAUUUAAGAAAUAUUCAUUGUAAUCAUGAGGACAUAAAUAUUUUGGCGCCCAAGUUUAACAGCACUAUUGAUAUGCCGUCAACAUCAUUUAAAUACUUGUCAGUUCAGAACUAUCUAUUAGAUGGUGUUUGUGAUUCUGAUUACCCCGCUAAGCUCUUCAUUAGGGUAACUGUUAAAGAUUUCAACAAAUACUAUAAAUGUACGCCAUGUGGGGAGUCAAGCUUUACUUACAACUCAUCUGACGAUGAAUCUGAUGAAGAAUAUGCACAGAAACCAGAAACAGAAUACUUUGAUCAAGCUACUCCCGUAGACGAAGAAGAAUACACUUCUGGAUUUAAUGACGAGGGUUGCUCAACUGUACACGUUCGUUGUAAAUCGCUCAACUAUUUGGUAAUAUCUUUGAGUAAAAUCGAUCCCGAUUUCGGCUGCUCUAUUGUUAUACAAAAUAAUGAUACUUCCGUUGACAUGUCAUUGAUGAGCAAAGAAGAGAUACAUGAGUACUUUGUAAACUAA